AUGUUUUACUACCCGGCAGUUUUAAAGCGUCAUACAGGAUGUUUUUCUACAAUCUGGCUGGUUGCUACAAAAGGCAUCAGAGUUCCCCGCCGGGAUUUCCUAAAAGUCAACGUCAAAAGCACCUGUGAUGACAUUAUGGACUACGUGCUGGAGCAGGUCCCGCCACCUCGGGCUGGUCUGCCUCGACCUCGCUUCUCCCUCUACCUCUCCUCCCAGCUCCAGUACGGCGUCAUCCUCGUCUACCACCGACAAUGUGCUAUUCUCCUGGAGGAACUUCAGACCGUUGUGGGUCAGCUGCUGAAACAGAAAUCGUCCCAGAAAAUUGAUAUGGAUGACCACAGCAGACAAGCUCUGGACUUCCCUGACGCCCUGGCUCUCCUGGAGGAGGCAGAAGGAGCUCCUGACCCUUUAUUCGGAGUGAUGUACAUGAAGGAUACCAUGCCCAGUCCCAGUUCACUGAUACAGAUGGGUCAAGAGUAUCUGAGAGAAACCUCUCCUGAGCGUCCUGAACCGACCAGCCCAGCUGCUGCUGCUGCUGCUGCUGCUGCUGCUGCUGCUGCUGCACUAGAAAGCGGGAUAACUGCAUCUCCUGACACCAUUACUCUGAGAGAGACGGAGCCAGUCACUAUCCCUGUGGCAGAGUUUGAGGGUGAGGAGCUUGUCGAUCAGCAUCCAGAUACUAUUGACUUCCUCUUGGCCCAAACAGAUCACUUUCCCGAAGCAGAUUUGGACAUACCGAGAGAAGAUGUGACACCAGAGGAGGAAGAGAGGGAGAUGGAAAGGGGAGGACUAGAGGGAGACCUGGAGAGAGAGAGAACAAAAGAGCUCACAGGAUCCACUAUUGAAUUACAGCCGACGACUGUCUCCGGUGAAGACGCCAUGUUGUUGCCUCAGGAAGAGACAGGUCUGUCUGUGGAGAUGCCCGGACCCCCCACAGACCAGCGGACCCCUGUAUCUGUGCCCGUCCUCGCCUCGCCACCGUCUGCAGCAGAGCAACGUGAAAGACCAACUCCAGAGUUAGAGGAUGUUCCUCCCCCGGAGGUGACGACAAGGAGGAGGAAGAGGCAGCUGAUCUUCUUCGACCCGGAGACGCAGAUCUCUCAGGAGGUGCUGCAAGAGCAGAUCGACAACCCUCAUACUGAGACCAGACGUCCACUUUACCCGCCGCCUUCCUCUCACAGGAUGGUCCCUGCUGCUGAGCUCCUCAACAAUCCCUGCACCCCAUUCUUGCCUGAAGAGGUGCUGUUUCUAUGGAGACAGGCUGCGACCAUCACGCCUCUCUCAGGCUCGAACCUGGAGGUUGGCGAGAGAGGGCCCGAGUCCACAGACUCUGAAAAGGAACGAGAGCGUGAGAUGGUGGAGGCGGCCGAGGAGGCUGAAAGGAGGGAGGAGGAGAGACUUGAGCUCAGCCCCAGGGAGGUCCCCAGAGAUGUGGCAGAAUCAGAGAUGUUUGAUAUCUCAGACCACGUUUCACUGCCACUGGAGGGCUCCGAUCAACAGGAGGUGUCUCGAGAGAUCUCCCCCAUGCCCUCAUCUGAAAGAGAAGGGUCCCUUGUCUCCAGGUCUGUUUCUACACUGCAGGACAUCCCAGAGGUGGCGGACGAGUUGCUGGAAAGAGCUGCAGCAGAGUCACCUGGGCUGCUGCCGGAGUUGGACGAGCAAGAAAUAGCACCUGUGCUGUUUCAGUCUCUUCUGCCGCCAGAGGUCGACCGCAGAACUGUCAGCAACAUUUUUCAGAGGCUUCUGGAGAUUUUAUCGGCCGGGAAGGUACGUGUGGAGCAGCGAGAGCCUUACGGUGACAUCUUGAUCUCACCUGGACAAGACUACGAAGAGGAGCACCUGAUUGUGUGA